CACAAAACUGGGCCUUGAUACACGCGCGUCUACACGAGCUAUUAAAGCGACAUCUACGCUACCGCGACAUUUGCCCUUUAAAUAGGAACAUAUGAAACCUUGUGGACAGUAAGCGAGCGCCCCGGAUAGAUUGGCAACCCCAGCAGCGUCCCUCUUCUGCGUGUAGUUGCACCGAAAACGAAAAACAAGAAGAAAAGGAAGAAGAAAAAAAACCACAAGCACACCGACACUCUCACAAACAGACAAAAAUGGAUGAAUCUCUCGCACGUCACGUCGCCGGCACCUACCCCCGUCAUGACCCGGACCCCAGCAACCGAGAAGCAGCCCAGCUGGUACGAGAACCCAAACCCAUGAGGGACCCAGGCACGGCCCAAUGGGAUGUGGAAAUCAGCGCCGACGAUUUCAACAAGCUUAAGCUUGGCUUUAUGGCCCAGGAGAUGGAGGACAAGUGGGUGAUUGCCGCCACGGGCCCGGACGAGAGCGGUGUCAUCUCGAUACGCAUCAUCCGGAGCUGGUUGAACAUGCCAAUCUAUGUGCUGCACAUCAGGCCGGCGGGCGAUUCCGGCGGGGCCAGGAUCGAGUCUUUCACCUGGGAGAAGGCGCUGGGGGAGCAUGGCGAGUUUCGCGUCUCGGAGCGCCAAGCGAAAAAAGAGGCCGUCAUCUUGUGCAGGAUCCACACAGACUGCAAACUUGAGCAGCUUCCCGAGUACAAUCCUAAUAUAUUCUGGAAGAGAGACAGUGAUGACGAGGACGAGGAAAGCAAAAAGGUGAAAGAUACAUCAGCUUAAGACCGCGUUCAUAGUAUUCAAGUUCGAACCACUCUGACUCGAUUCGGGGAUGGCUGGUUUGGGCUGGUUGGGACGAUAGCAGUGGAUAGCUAGGUUGAUAUUUGGAUACGACAUAUCGUCAGUCUCAAUCCACGCUAAAACGGGAUGGACAAGGUGCGGGUCAUCACUAUUCUCAUAGCUUUUGUUACCGAGUAAAGCUUGUUACUAUACUACUGGCUCAUAAUUUCAAAGUAUGUACGCGAAGGUAUAUAUAUGUGCCCUAUUUACAUCAUGUGUCCAACCCCCAGACCAACCUCGAUAGUCGUCCCGCUUCUGCGCUGGUAGCUCUCUUUCGAAAACGCACUCGAGAAUGCACUCAAGGUUCCAAAAAGAAA